AUGGCUCCCAUUUCCAACAAGUUAUCAGGGCACCUCGGCCACCUCACCCCUGACCAAGAGGCAAAGCUCCUCGAGUUCUGGGCCAUCAUCUUUACCUCUGUCGCAUCGGUGUUAUCGGCAGCUCUGGACGAGAUAAAUGAACCGACGGUGGAAGCUAUCACAGCCGCACUGAAAGGGAAAUCCACACAGGAGUCGAAUGGAGCCACCACAGAAACAGAAGCCAACGGAAAUACGAACGGUCACACAAACGGCCACACAAAUGACGAAACCAAUGGAAACAAUGCGAAAAACAAAGAGCAAGAAUCACUCGACAAAGUGGAAUCUCUCAUGAACAAGGAUGCCAAAGCUACUCUCAUGUCAGAAAUGGCCAAUCGAAAGGUCAUCCCCGAACACUUUGCGUCCCUCUUUGCGGAACUCCGCAAGCUUGGUGUCCAAGAUUCCGAGAUCAAAUCCAUGGAGAGUAUCCUAUCUCAGAUGACACCACAAGAGAUGUGUUUUGCGAUCUUGAAAAUGGUCAAGCAAGAACAUCCUGACAGCUUGCUACUCCGGUUUCUGCGGGCCAGGAAAUGGGAUAUCGGCAAGGCAUUCUCGAUGAUGGCGUCGACUAUCCUGUGGAGAAAGGAGCUAGAGGUCGACGACGAAAUCUUGCCUCGUGGAGAGGAAUACGCGCUGAAGCAAGCUCAUGGUUCAGGGUCAUCUGCGAAGGAGAAGAAAGAUGGAUCUGAUUUCAUCAACCAGCUCAAGAUGGGAAAGAGCUUCCUUCAUGGAUUUGAUCGCGAGGGUCGUCCUGUCAACUAUGUUCGAGUCAAGAUUCACAAGCCUGGCGCUCAGAGUGAAGAGACUCUCGAGCGGUAUAUUGUUCAUGUCAUUGAGUCGACGCGGUUGAUCGUGGCUCCUCCGGUUGAAACUGGUACAAUUGUGUUUGAUAUGACGGGGUUCGGUCUAUCAAAUAUGGAAUACGCACCCGUCAAGUUCAUUAUCAAAUGUUUUGAAGCCAAUUACCCGGAGUCCUUGGGACUGCUUCUCAUCCACAACGCACCAUGGGUAUUCUCCGGAAUCUGGCGACUCAUUCACGGAUGGAUGGACCCUGUCGUUGCCUCAAAGGUCCACUUUACCCGGUCCAUCGCAGACCUCGAUAAAUUCGUCCCACGGAAUCAGAUCCCUAAAGAACUCAAGGGCGACGAAAAUUGGACUUAUAAAUAUAUCGAGCCCGUGAAAGAUGAGAAUACAACUAUGGAAGACACUGCAACUCGUGACUCACUCAUGUACGAGCGCAUGAUGAUCGGCAUCCGGAUGCUCGCUGCCACGGCGGCUUGGAUCUCAGCCACGACAACAACCGAUGGAACAAAAGAAGUAUCGAAGGUGGACGGUCUCAAGUCUAGACGCAAUGCGAUUAUUGAGGAGUUUCGGGUUAACUAUUGGAAGUUGGAUCCCUAUAUUCGGGCGCGGGCACUUAUCGAUCGGGACGGGAUGCUUCUUCCGGGAGGUACACUUUCACGGGAUGCUGUCAACGGGAAAGCCAAAUAG